AUGGUCAGUUCAAUUACAGCAAAAAUUUUUGGAAGAAACAAAUUUCAACCUCAAGGAAAGGGUGCACACGUUACAAUUUGCGCCAGAGGACAAAAGGAGUUAGAUGCCACCUUGGAAGAGAUAAAAGCUGUUUCGAGAAAUCGAAGCGAUUAUGAAAGUUUGAUUUUCAAUGCCAUAUCCGCCGAUAUUUCUAAGAAAGACGAAUCAAUCCGUGCUCUUAAUGAAGCUUCGGAGAGGCAUAACGGAAAAGUACCGGAUGUCGUGAUUUGCUGUGCAGGUUUUUCCAUACCGCGCGUAUUUAUCGAACAACCGGUAGAGGAGUUUGAGGCUACCAUGCAACUUAAUUAUUUUGGAACCUUGUAUACUACUCACGAAGCUGUCAAGCGUAUGGCUCAACAAGGUGUUAAGGGCAAGAUCGUUUUUGUUAGUUCAGUUGCAGCCUUCGUCGGUUUCCUCGGAUAUUCAUCUUACUCACCAUCCAAAGUUGCUCUCCGAAGUUUGGCCGAGUGUCUACGACAUGAAUUAAUCCUUUAUGACAUCGGGGUUCAUUGUUAUUUUCCCGGUACCCUUGAUACCGAGGGUCUUAUCGAGGAGAACAAGACAAAGCCAAAAAUUACCAAAGAACUUGAAGGAGAAGACAAAAUUACGCCGGAACAAGCAGCAAAGGCCUUAUACAAAGGUCUUUGCAAAGGAAAUUUCUUUAUCACCUCAGAUAUCAUAGGUGAUGCGUUUAGAGCUGCAUCAUUAGGAGUUUCUGAAUCAAAUAGUGCGUUCGUCGAUGCCAUCCUAUGUGGAAUCCUUUGGACUGUUUCAAAGCCUGUCAGAUGGUUUUCGGAUAAAAUGGUUCGUGACCGUAAAUCAGAGCAUCCAGUGAUUCCUGCUGAUAAUGGUAUGGUAAAUGAUGAAUGA